CUGACACCUGACCCCACGCUCAGCUCGAGCUAUCAGGCCUUGCGGCCAGCCAGCCAGCCAGUCUGCCUGACUGAGUGAGCGAUUCAGGGAGGGGAGUCGGUGAGGAUGAUGGUAGGCGAGAGCCUCAGGCUCUCGACCACCACUAGGGUAGAGGACACCUGCAAGGCCUUCUACAGCAGACUCUCGGGCAAAACCUGGUCAGUCCUGACACACAGCCACACGCACACAAUCUCCUCGCACACACACACACACACGAAUGCAGUAAUUCUCUCUCUCUCUCUGUGUCUGUGCAGGAAGGUCGAGACGGCGGUGUCAUUGCUGUCACCGAGCGAGGUGGGCGUGGGCGUGCUGGGCCGUGUGCUGGCCGACUGGACCACCCUCGAGAUGCUCGUGCAGUUCAGGUGCCUCAUGGCCUUCCUCUUUCUCAACAACAGCCUGGUCGGUCAGCUUAGCGAGUCGGUCGCAUUAUUGGUUGGUCUCAGAGGGCUUAUGUAUGUGUGUGUGGUGGGUGCCUACAGCGUCACGCGCUGAGCAACCAGCUGGAUCAGAUUGUCAAGAAGGCGCAGGAGAACCCCAUACCGUGGUUUGAGUGCCUCACCAGGCUGCUGGUAUGCUUCGCUUCCAAGGCCGGGACCCCUUCCCCCCUCUUUCUUUCUCUGUGUGUGUGUGCCCUGGCUGUGGAGGAAUGGAUGGAUGGAUGUGUGUUUGUGUUGGGUGUUGGGUCUUCGAUUCAUCAGGUCGAGUACCCCAAGACGGGCCGGCUCGACGUGAACGGGCUGGACAGCGAGAGCAUCUACAGUCUGGCCAAGGAGAUCGAAAACCACCAGAGCCAACGACACGCAGAAGGUGCGGUCGGUGCGUGUGGCUUGCGCUGCGCUGCGGGCCGCCUCCGAAAGGCAUCCAAUGUGUCUGUCCGGGACAAACACUCCUCUGUGUGUGUGUGUGUGUGUGUGCAGGCGUGUGGCCACUGGACCCACCACAUUUCCCGCCCCACCUGGUGCACCUAUUCCGCUCCACAGACGUCAUCAAAAAGCCCGGCCAAGCCAUCAGGCAUGCUGACACACGCGCGCGCGCACUCGCACACACGUACACUCCAUCUCUCUGUGUGUGUGUGGUGCGCAUGAGAUACAGGCGUGAGAAGGUGCAUUGGAGUCAGUUGGCGGAUUCCGUCGCUUCAGGCCCUCUCCCCUUCCACCGCCCUCGGGACCUGCUGUCAAUGGCGAACCGCAAAGCCAAGGAGCAGAUCAUCCGAGUGAGCAAUCAACCACACACACACACAGGCAGGCAGGGAGGGAGGGGUGCACACCCGCCACACACAUACAGCGAUAGCAAGCAGUGUUCUUUCUUUCCUUCUAGGAGACCCAAUCCCCCGUCCAGCCCUCCACUCCCUACCCCUUCAUGCCGCCCCCACCCCCGUCCAUGCGCAAGGGACAGCAGCAGCAGCAGCAGCAACAGCAGCAGCAAGGGCAGGACGGGGCGCCAAUGAUGAUCACCUCGCCCAAGCUCAGCUUCACCACCGCAGGAGAAGAGAGAAAGGCACUCGUGCCAUUGCCGGCGCUGUCAGCCGCUGCUGCUGCUGCUGUGGGUGUGGGGAGGGGCAAAAAGGGCGCCGGUGGUGGCAAGGUCGGUGUGGGCGGUGGUGCUGGUGCUGGUGUCGAGAGGGAUAAGGCGCGGCCGCGGAUUCAGCUGCUCAACGACACGGACGUGCCGACCUUCAUUAAGAGAAGGGUUUUGUCAGGCGCCAAGACGGAGCCUGACGCAGCACCACCCGAGGGCGCUGCUCCUGCUGCACCUGGUGCGGCUGAUGGAUACGAGCCACAGCCGAAAGCCAAGGCCAAGCCACGGGUAGGUGUGUGUGAACAGAACAAAGGGGGCAGAGAAGAGCAGACAGACACGGAGGGAUCCAUCCAUCCAUGUGUGCAGGUGGCAAGAGCCAAGGCCCCCCACCCACAGCCACACCCACAGCCACAGCCACAGCAGCCCCCCGCUUCCCGCGUCACCGUCAAGCAAGAGCACCCCUCCCCCCCUCUGCCCCCCCUCCCUCCCCCGUCAGCAGCAGCAGCAGCACCACCGCCCCUGCCUCCCAGCAAGAAGCGCAAACACACCCCAGACCAAGACAAGAAGCACAGGCGUCUGGUCAAGAUCAAGCAGGAGCCGGUCGAUGAUGACCACCAGGUGGCACACAUGACGACGACUGGCGGAGAGGGGGGGACGAGUGGUGGCAAGGUCAAGCAGGAAGGGGAAGGAGGAGACCAAGACAAGAAUCAGCAGCAGCAGCAGCAGCAGACGAGUGGCGCUGGUGGCGGUGGCGGAUGUCAGCCGCCGUCGAGCGGCCGGGCGCGCGAUGACGAAGACCGAGGAGAUGACGACUCAGGUGGGGUGGGUGCCCUUGGCAUGGCACACCAUGUCAGCUGCCUGUGUCCAUGCAUGUGUCUGUGUUUGUGCAGAUGACGGCAGGCACCAUCGCCUACGGGACGCCUCCCGCACCUGUGGCAAUGGCGACCUCCCAGCAGCAGCAGCAGCAGCACCGCCACAAUCACAACAGCAGCACGACUCCCCGCCCCCCAAGCAAGAAGCCGCCGCACAGCAACCCACCCACCACCAGCAGCGGCAGCACCACCACCAGCAGCAGCAGCGGCAGCAGGAGCAGCAGGAGCAGCAACAAGACCCCCCUACCUCUCUGCCGUCCCAUUCUCGCAAGCGCAAGCUCUCCGACGACCCCCCAGACACACCACCACCCGACACAGACACCAGCCCUCCCGACGGCAAGGACGGCAAGAGAGAGACAGGUCGCGGCGGGCAGCGGAAGCUCACCAGCAGCAGCAAGGACCUCAAAGCGCAGAUGCCGCAGCCGCAGCCACAGCCACAGGGGCCGGUGCGGGAGAGGAGCAGCGCUGAGGGCGACUCGGACCGGCCCAUGCCGCCGGUCAGGAGACCGUUUCGGCCGCAGCUGGGGAGGAUAUCCGAGGAGGGCGAUGAUGCAGAAAUGGUACAGGGAGAGGGAGAGGGAGAGGGGGAUGAAGACGCCGGCGAUGAUGGGCUCGCAGGUACGUACCGCACGGACAGAGAGAGGGAGAAGAACCGCGCGAUGCUCCCUCAUGUGUGUGUGUGUGUGUGUGUUGAUCAGAGGUGGGCCGGGUGCCUCUGGGUCGCGCCAACAGGCGCAAGAUGUCCAGCGCUCAGGAGACCAACCCCAGCCCCAGCCCCUCUCCCUCUCCCUCCCCCUCCUCACCCCAGCGCGCCACUUCCCUCUCCAUCAAGCAGCCGUCACGCGAGCCGCGGUAUCGAGCUUUGGCGGGCGGGAUGACGUCCUACCGUCAUGCGGGAGCGACCAUCCCUCUGGGCUCGACCGUGACCGUGCCGUCGUCUUACGCCCACCCCCUCGCCCACCCCCACGCACAUGUGUUCCCCCCGUACCAUGAGCAGCCUGCUCCUGGUGGUGCGGGUGCUGCUGGUGGGUGGGUGUACUUUCCCCCCUCUCACGGUGGUCAUCCUGGUGGCCCUGGUGCUCCUGGAGCUCACACCUAUCACUCGGCUGCUGCUGCUGCUGCUGCCGCCGACUACUCGGCUGCUGCGGACUACGACCCACCAGCCCCGUGUGUGACCGUCCCGCACGCCCACAGCCUGCCCGCUCUGCCCGUCCAGCAGCAACAUCACCAUCACCAGCAGCACCAGCACCCAGCGCACCGAUCGAACAGCCUGCCUCUGCUGCCCGGCCCUGGUGCUGGUGCGAGCAACCUGGUGACCUCAUCGGUGGCCUCGUCAACCACUUUGCCCAAGAUGCCGCUCUCCGCGCCGCUGCAGAGUCUUUUCCGGUCAAUUGGGCAGCGGAGUGGUGGGAGUGAGGACAACACACAGGGGCAAGGGGGAGGGGGAGAGGGAGAGGGCGGUGGGGCGAUGUCGAUGCCGGUGAACUCUUCGUUGAAGGAGAUAUUGGAGAGCAUUAGCAGGCAGGGCGACGGGAAGCGGUGAGCGAACGAUGCUGCCACCUACCCAGUUUCCUUCCGUGUGUCGUGUGGGUAUGUGGAGUGAAAAGACAGACCACCAGAGAGAGUUUCUUCUUUUGCGGCCGGCUGGCGUGGUGCGCACAUCGAUGCAUCAUCGGAUGGAUGGACGUCUCUUUUUCAGAUGAUGGAUGUCGUUCAUGCCGGCCCUCCUCUGUGGCCGCUAUGCUAUGGAUGUGUCGGCACCCAUGGGCUCACACCACCCACAGCCACAGCCUAGUUUGUUUAUUUACUGUCUGUCGGUCGGGUCGGUCUGCCGGCCCGACAGACUAACGGAGACGAAAGAGUUUGUUCUGACUGACAGACCGACCGACACAUACAACGAUACCCACACGCACACCCACACACACGUAAGACACACACACGAGGGAGGGAGGGAGGGAGGGAGGGAGGGCCAGCCACCUCUCCGCCCCUUCCCAUCUCUCGGUGAUGUGCUGUGUGCUGUGUGCUGUGCUGUGUCAUGCCCAGCCGCACAUGGAGUUUUUGACGGCGUGGCCAAUGGGUCAAUACUGGGGCAGGGGCGGGUCGUGACUCGUGUGAGUGUCUGGUGGCUGUCUAUUUGUCCGAGAGCUGUGUGUUGGUGUGUUGGGUCGGACAGACUCACCCAGCUAGCUACUUAGUAGACUCGCUCAGCAAGUACCGCACUGAAGCACAGCACGUACCACGAGAAAUGAAAUGAAUGUCAAAGUCUUCCCAUGCCAUGAUUGAACCAACCAAGAGCGACCAAUUGGUCGAGCAGGCACCCACGCACACACGGACGAACAUGUCUUCCCUCCCUCCGCCC